AUGGAAAGGGAAGGGACUGGAUCCGAGAAGACGAACUCGGCCAAACUGACCAUCAGCCCAACAACAGUGACCGGAAUCCUGGCCUUCCUCUGCCACAAGAGACGCUCCAUGCAACGCCGCGAGGACCGACAGUUCCUCAUCGACCAUCACAUCUCCUACGCCUUGGGCUACUAUCCCACUCUGCGUGAUCUCGACGCCAACCAGAAGGAGCAGCAGCUCGAAGAAGGAAGAGGAGAAGCAGGAGGAGGAGGAACAACAAUAUCGGCCUUCCCUCCCCCAACCCAGCCCAUGUCGCGUCUCUCAGCUCAUUACCACAGCCCGGUCGAUGAAUUCCUUCGCGAUCCACCCCCAGCCUAUCAACCUCAACCCUUACCCACCUAUGACCCUUCUCGAUAUCAGAGGGUCGAUGCCCCUCCCCCUCCUGCUCCGGUUGUUGGGCUCGCUAUCCCCUAUCAUCAUUAUCCUACACUGGGACUUCGGCAGGAAAGACCCCCGUCGUCGAUCUUGAGUCCACCAGCUCCCAUCAUGGCUCAGCGGGACUCGUUGAUUACUCCUAGAUUCUCCUUUCAGCCUUCACCCACGAUAGGACCCUUGCGGGACCUGAAUGAUGAUGCCUCUCUUUCUUCGUCUAAUAACUUAGAUGGCACAGCACAGCAGAUGCCGCGACAACCUAGACCUGUGUUGUCGAGACUGGUGACGGAUCUUCGAUGA